AUGGUACUUUCCCAUCUUGACAAUCAGGAGAAAUUGCACUCAUUUUCAUGGCUAAGUGCCAAUACCAAUAGUCCGCUGGUACAACUCUUUACUGACACUUACGAUGCUUUCUUGUGCAAGAAGUUAACCCCACAAAAGGAUCGAAUUUUGUCAGAGUUUCCGACUAGAGACGACUACCUGGCUCCCAAGAAUCCCAUCGUGCUAUGCCAUGGCUUGUCAGGUUUUGACAAAUUAAUUCUCGUUCCUUCAUUAUUUCAACUAACCCAAAUGAUUAGCAAUUUCAUAUUGGGCAAUAACUCUGAUUAUUUUACGGAGUACGAUGAAGAUGGUAGGAACAAGGGUAUUCUAGAGGUAGAAUAUUGGAUAGGUGUUAAGGAAAGGCUUGAAGCUAAAGGAUGUACCGUAAUCACAUCAAAAGUCGCCAGUUUUGGUAGCAUUGAAGAGCGAGCUGUGACAUUAAACGCAUUUCUAGAGCAUGAAACCAAGAAAUUGAAAGAAACGGCUAAGAAGGGACAAGUUUAUAAUACAGAUGAUGUUGACUCGGAGGCUUCUUUCCGCGAAAAUGAGCCUAUAAGGGUAAACUUAAUCGCACAUUCGAUGGGAGGUCUAGAUUGUCGAUAUCUGAUAUCAAGAAUACCUAAUAAGAGUUAUAAAGUUCUAAGUUUAACGACGGUGUCCACACCGCAUCGCGGAUCGGAGAUGGCUGACUACGUGGUGGCUCAAUUUGAAGAUUUAAAGGCUGCUGCGCCAAUCGAUGCCAGCAAACAGGUACUACCGCCAUCCGUUUACGAGCUAACAACUCAAUAUAUGAGCUAUUUUAAUCGAAUAACGCCCGACGAUCCGGAAGUAUCAUAUUACUCCUACGGAUCAUGGUUCAAGCCCAGAUGGUAUAGCGCUUUUGUUGUGCCAUGGAAGAUCAUUUACAAUGCUACAAAUGGGGAGCCAAACGAUGGUAUGGUUACCGUGAAGAGUAGUAAGUGGGGUAUAUACAUGGGUACAUUGACAAAUAUUGACCAUCUGGAUCAAAUAAACUGGAGGAACAAGCUUCAAAAGGACAUCGGGAAGCUUCUCGAAAAUGCAAAUCGUUCUGCCGGGAAGUCUGUAAAACCCGAGAUUGAUAUACUCAAUUUCUACCUUCAAAUAGCCGAUAAUUUGGCUAGGAAAGGCUUUUAG